CAUUACAGUGUGCAGAGCAUCCCUCCUCACCUCCUCCUGCAGAAAACAUCUCUGAAACAACUAAAGCGUUUGCUACCAUUGGUGCAGUGUCAAAAGGCAGUCACAGUACUGAUAGUGUUAUAAUAAGUCACAUCAGAGACCAAACACGUUUCAGAGCAGAUGAGUGUUCCAGAGCGGCUGGAGAACAUGGGACCCCCGCGAUACGCGACGUUGUUGUUUCUCAUCUGCUGCCUUGUUCACACAAAUGCAUUGACAACAUGUGGAACCAAGCAGUUCCAGUGUGGGAAUGGGAAGUGUAUCACAGUCAGAUGGGUGUGUGAUGGCACAGAUGACUGCGGAGACGGCACAGAUGAGCUUCCUGGUACCUGCAUGGCCAGAACAUGUAGACCGACAGAGUUCAGCUGUGCAGACCGCCUUAACCAGUGUGUACCGGGCACAUGGCGCUGUGAUGGAAAAGCUGACUGUGAGAAUGGAGCUGAUGAAGAGAGAUGUGCUCCAAAGCAGUGCACAGACAAAGAGUUCCGCUGCAGCAACGGCCAGUGUGUGUCGUCCUCUUUUGUGUGUGAUGAUGAGGCAGACUGUGACGAUGGGAGUGACGAGGCCUCCUGCCCACCCAUCACCUGCAGCUCCGCAUCCUUCCAGUGCAACAACACCAUUUGUGUUCCUCGCCUGUGGGCCUGCGACGGUGAUACUGACUGCUCGGAUGGCUCGGACGAGUGGCCUAGUAACUGUGGUACACCGAGAGCUGACACUGUUGCCACUCAUCAGUGCUCAUCCAUGGAGUUUCACUGUGGCAGCGGAGAGUGCAUCCAUGGUAGUUGGAAGUGUGAUGGAGGAUCUGACUGCCUUGAUCGAUCAGAUGAAGCUGACUGUGCACAUCCAACCUGCCGUCCCGAUGAGUUCGAAUGUGGUGAUGGUACUUGCAUCCAUGGUAGCCGCCAGUGCAACCACCAAUACGACUGCAGGGACAUGAGCGAUGAAAUCGGUUGUGUCAAUGCAACCCACUGUGAGGGCCCAACCAGGUUUAAGUGCCGCAGUGGGGAAUGUAUUAGCAUGGAGAAGGUGUGUGACAAGCGACGUGACUGCAGGGACUGGUCAGAUGAGCCUCUCAGGGAGUGUGGCUCCAAUGAGUGCCUGUACAACAAUGGCGGCUGCUCUCAUAUUUGCAAUGACAUGAAGAUCGGCUAUGAGUGCCUGUGUCCUGCUGGGUAUCGCCUGGUUGACAAAAAGCGCUGUGAAGAUAUUGACGAGUGUGCCAACCCGGACACCUGCAGCCAGAUCUGCAUCAACCAGAUAGGCAGUUACAAAUGUCAGUGUGAGGAGGGUUACCAAGUUGACCCAGCAACCAAAGCCUGCAAGGCCAUUGGUACAAUCGCCUACCUCUUUUUCACCAACCGUCAUGAAAUCAGAAAGAUGACUUUGGACAAGAGUGAGUACAUGAGAAUAAUUCCCCGCCUGAAGAACGUCGUGGCUCUCGACAUGAACAUGGCUACAAAAGAGAUCUAUUGGUCAGACAUCUCCCAAAAGAAGAUCUACAGAGCUCAGAUGGACUUGGCUGAAGACGCCACUCAUCACAGCACAGUAAUGGGUAGCGACAUUGAUGCUCCUGAAGGCAUUGCUUUUGAUUGGGUCCACGGUAACCUGUACUGGACUGACAGCAUUCGAAGCACCAUCUCCGUGGUAACUGCUGAUGGAAGUCGCCGCAAAACUCUCUUCCACAGAGACUUGUCAAAACCACGGGCCAUUGUGGUCGAUCCUCACAGCAACUUCAUAUACUGGACUGACUGGGGGAAUCCAGCUAAAAUUGAGAAGGGAGGUCUUAACGGAGGGGACCGCAGUGCUUUGGUCACUGACAACAUUGUGUGGCCUAAUGGGAUUACCCUUGACCUGUUGAACCAGCGGCUCUACUGGGUGGACUCUAAACUGCACACCCUCUCCAGUAUCGACGUGCAGGGUGGUGGUCGGCGCACCCUCAUCAUUGACGAACACAAGCUGGCUCACCCACUGGGACUCACUGUGUUUGAGGAGAGAGUGUUCUGGACAGAUGUCAGUAACAGCGCCAUCCUCAGUGCAAACAGGCUGACGGGUGGAGACAUCACUCCAGUGGCUGAGCACCUGUCAUCACCAGAAGAUAUUAUUCUCUAUCAUAACCUCAAACAGCCCACUGGGAGAGACUGGUGCCAGGUGUCAGGCUGUGAAUUCAUGUGCCUGGCAGCUCCUCAAGUGGGCAGACAUCCCCCCAAAUAUACCUGUGUCUGUCCAGAUAACAUGAUGCUAGCCAGGGAUAUGAGGACAUGUGUACCUGCUCCCAAUCAGCCUGAAGCUCCAGCUACCACCUCCCCUCACCAGCCACCAGCAAGCACCACACCGAGGCCCCCAGUCCCCACCACACCUAAACCCCUGGUCCGCACCACACCUAAACCCCUGGUCCGCACCACACCUAAACACCUGGUCCGCACCACACCUAAACCCCCGGUCCGAACCACACCUAAACUUCAGGUUCGCACCACCACGGUUCCCAUUGUAAUCACCAGCACUACAGCCAAGCUUGUGCCACGCACCACCAAGCCUCCUGUAAGGACCACCACACCUGAACUAAAGGCCCCUCCACCCAACACAGCGAAGCCUGCCCAUACCACCACAGAGACUCCAGUCACCUCUCCAGACUUCCGACAUGGAUUUGCCGCAGCUAUACCCACUGCCUCCACUAACCCAGUGGCUCUGUAUAUCGUCUUACCUUUGGCAAUCAUUUGUCUGGUGGCUGUUGGUGGAGUGCUGCUAUGGAGGAACUACAGAUUAAAAAACACCAACACCAUUCAUUUUGACAAUCCUGUCUAUCAGAAAACCACUGAGGACCAAGUGCACAUUUGGAGGAGCCAUAGUCCUGACGGUUACUCCUACCCAAAAAGACAAAUUGUGAGCUUGGAUGAGGAGGCGGACAAUCCAGCCUUCACAGAAAACUGAGAAAUGUUGGACAGAGCGGAAAGAAGACCAUAAGCUACCUUAGACGUGCUUUUGUAUUUUUACCUCACACAGCACAAAGAUAUGGAAGUGGAAGCCAGCAUCAGACAAGCUUGAACCACGAUAUCCACUUCAGUGGAGAAAGCAGCAUGGAACUUUUCAUUUUAUUCCAUCAAGUUAACAGUUGACGACUCAUGUCUCAACAAAUCAUACCAAAUCAUCAGAUGAUGAAUUUCUCAGUCCUUUUUUUUUGCCUGGUAACUUUGAUGCUGAUGUUUGUAAAGCAACAACUAAGUGAGCUCAUUUAAUGAAACUUUUAGAUGGAAAUUUCCUCUCACUUGUUUAGGGUAGAAUUCACCACUCGAGUGUUGUAAAUAUCACUAUUAUUUUUUAUAUUAUGUUCAUGGAAUAUCAUCUGUCUUGACCACUCAAAACUAUCUCUCUUUGUUCACUGCAAACAAAAAAAUAUCUGACUUUUAUCUCAAGACGGGAAAUGAAAUGAAUUUAAAGUUGAGCAUAUAAUAGGUGAAUGUUAUACUAACAACAAUUCUGCAUGUGCCAGUUUAACCAGUAUGACCUCAAUCAUCAUAAUGAUGUGUGUUUAAUUUUGCAUUUUACACCAGCUAUUGCCUCAGUAGUGAAGUGAGAAUAUCAUCCAAAGGGACCUAAAGACACUGCUGUAGUUAAUGUCAAAGAAUACACAUUGCACACUGUGUAUGUGCCUUGAUUUAUACUGUGCUCCUUCAGACCUCACAUAUCACCAUAUGGUUGCACCACAGUGCCUCUGAGGCUUUUUUUUUCCCUGUACAUUUUAUCGGCUUCAUUCUUUGAUUUGUGAUGUUCUGCCCAUGUGUUGGAGAGCCAUCUUUAAAUUAUCCCUCCAUAUGCCCCUCUCAGGGGGCCAGUGCAUUCCUCAAAGACCAAAAAGCUUUGAUGCAAACACGUGACCUAUGGGGGCCGUGUCUAUUGCUGUGUACCAUGGCACGUGUACAUUUACAUCAUCCUUUAGGACCAGAGCUUCAGCUUGCCUUAUAGCAGCGUUCCAGACAGAAGAAAUUAGAUUUCCUGCCAGUUCUCGCUGGCUGUUUGAGCUCGUUUCUGUGCAUUGAUGACAAAUGCGUGCCUUUUUCAAUGAUGUAUUUUGUUCACUCGUUCAUGUUGGUGCUAUUGAACUCAGUGUGUCGGCCUGUUUACAAUGAAGUGUUUGAGGAAUGUGGCAGUGUUACAUGCAGGUGAGGUUACACCUAACAAAGACGUUAGUUAUUGUGAUGUGGGUUAAUGACUGUCGAGAGGCUUUUAUGUAGAAAAAAGUGCUAGUGAAGCUGUACAUAAAGUAACCUUACAUGCACAGACUAACAGGGCAGUUUGAACAUGUAAAUAUAAUGUUUAUAAAUGUACAUAUUUGUUCUUUACUGUUGUUUUGGUAAUAAUGCCACUGUUUUAGAGUUUGUUGUAAACUUCAACGUUUGCUGUACAUAAAUAAAUGCUUCUAUUUAUUAUGGAA